AUGAUUCUUCGAAAAUUAUCAAGCAAACAACAUCAUCAUUGAAUUUUUGUUGUCAAAAAGUUUGUUUUGUUUUGUUUUGAAAAUCCAGCUGGCUGAACCAAAAAAAAAAAAUGGACGUCGAAGAAGAUGUUGAAGAAGAAUAUCGUGAUACAUUUGUUUCGAAUAAUAACAAUGCAAAUGAUGAAUAUCAUCAAAAACAAUCAUCAUCAUCAAUGGUCAUUGGAUCUUCAGAUACGACAAUGAUGAUGAUGAAAAAACCACCAUCAUCAUCAUCAUCAUCAAUGAUUGAUCAAGAUCAACAUUAUUCAUCCAUUCCUGGACUGAAAUGGAAUAGUCAAAUAAAUUUAGCACAAAUGUAUCGUAUGCGGCCAAAAUUAUGUGAUGUAUGUUUGGUUACUGAUGAUGGUUGUCAUAUUUAUGCACAUCGUAUUGUAUUAUCAUCAACUUUGCAUUAUUUUUCAACAAUGUUUAUCGGUCAAGAUUUUUCCACGGAAUCUUUUGAUGAUUCUAUUGGUAAAAUGCAAGAUGAUGACCAUGAUGAUGAUCAGAAUAAUCAUCAUCAGAAUACAAUAUCAUCAACAUAUAAUAUAAAUUUUAUUGAACAAAAUCAAUAUGAAAUAUCGAUAAAAAAUCUGGAUGGUAAUAGUUUGAAUGAAAUUAUAAAAUAUUGUUAUCUUGGUCAUUGUAAUAUAAAUGAAACGAAUGUAGAAUUAUUAUUAUCAGCUGCAACAAUGUUGAAUUGUAAAGAUAUUAUAAAAAUUUGUUGUGAAUUUCUUUGUUCACGGCUGAAAAUUACAAACGCAAUUGGUAUCAAUACAUUUGCCGAUAUAAUGAGCCUAAAAGAUUUGAAAGAUUUUACAUUUCAAUUUAUUCUGAAUAAUUUUGUAAAAAUUAUACAAAAUGAAGAAUUUUUACAAUUAUCAUCCCCGGAACGUAUUAUUGAAAUUAUAUCUUCAGAUUAUCUGGAUACAGGUGAUGAAGGUGAACAUAUUGUCCUAUCAGCUAUUAUAAAUUGGAUUAUGUAUAAUUAUAAUGAACGACAAAAAUAUUUAUCCAAUCUAAUUAAACAUAUAAGAUUUCCAAGAUUUAAUCAAGAAGAAUUAUUUAAUAUUGAAAAUGAAUAUCCAUUAGUUAAAAAUGAACCCGUUACAAAAGAUUUACUUAUUGAAGCAUUAAAAUAUCAUUUAAUGAAAAAUUCAUGUGAUAUUAAUUCAUUAUUACAAUUAUCAUCAUCAUCAUCAAAACAUUUUAAUUCACAAUUAAUAAAAAAUAUACCAAAAGUAUUUGAUUUAAAUAAUGCACGUUUUCGUGAAAGAAAAUCACGUCAAAGACAACAAUGUUUAAUUGUUAUUGGUGGACAAGCACCAAAAGCAAUUUGUCAAUGUGAAUAUUUUGAUUUUUCAACAAAAAAAUGGAAUGAAUUUAUUUGUGAACUACCAUCAAGACGUUGUCGAUCGGGUAUUGUUGUACUAAAUGGUUUAAUUUUCGUUAUUGGUGGUUUUAAUGGACAAUGUCGUAUACGUUCAGUUGAUAUGUUUGAUACAAAAUUAAAUAAAUGGACACAAUGUGCAAGUUUAGAAGUAAAACGUUCAACAUUAGGUGCUUGUGUAUUGAAUGGUUUAAUUUAUGCUGUUGGUGGUUUUGAUGGAACAUUGGGAUUACAAUCAGCUGAAGUUUAUAAUCCAAUAACAAGAUCAUGGCGUUUUAUUGCACCAAUGACAACCCGUAGAUCAUCAGUUGCUGUUGUUACAUUAAAUGGUUUAUUAUAUGCUGUUGGUGGUUAUGAUGGUUCAAGUCGUCAAUGUCUUUCAUCAGUUGAAUGUUAUAAUCCUGAUUUGGAUCAAUGGCAACGAAUACCUGAUAUGUCACAAAGACGUAGUGGUGCUGGUGUUGAAGUAUUAUUUGGUAAAAUUUAUGCAAUCGGUGGACAUGAUGGCCCAGCAAUACGUAAAAGUGUUGAAUGUUUUGAUCCCACUACACAACAAUGGUCACAAUGUGCUGAUAUGAUUUAUGCAAGACGUAAUGCUGUUGUUGUUGUACAAGAUGGUUGUUUAUAUGUUGUUGGUGGUGAAGAUGGUCAAACAAAUUUAAAAUCAAUUGAAAUUUAUGAUCCAAAAUUAAAUUCAUGGUCAUUAUUAUCAUCGGAAAUGAGUAUUGAAGAAGAAGAUAUGUGGCAUGUUUAUAAUGUACUACAGGAAAAUGAUCGUAUACGUGCAAGUACAUUACGUAAAGUAAUUACUGAAUCAGUAACCGGUACAACCGGAGCGAAUAAAAUUCGUACAACAUUAACCAUACGUAUUGAAUCAAUUGAUUAUGAUUUUGAUGCAUGUAUGUUACGUGUAAAAGGUAAAAAUGUACAAGAAAAUCAAUAUGUAAAACUUGGACAAUAUCAUACUAUUGAUAUUGAAUUGAAUCGUAAAUUUACAUUAUGGAAAGAAGAAUGGGAUUCAUAUUCAUUAGAACGUAUUGAAAUGGCAUGUGAUCCAACAAAAAAUGCCGACCUGGCAGCAAUUAUAAUGAAUGAAGGUAUUGCAAAUGUUUGUCUGAUAACAUCAUCAAUGACAUUAGUACGUUCGAAAAUUGAUGUACAUAUACCAAGAAAACGUAAAGGACAUUGUGAUCAACAUGAAAAAGGAUUGAAAAAAUUUUAUGAUCAAAUCAUACAGGCAAUCAUUAGGCAUGUUAAUUUUGAUGUUGUAAAAUGUUGUCUUAUAGCCAGUCCGGGUUUUGUAAAAGAUCAAUUUUAUCAAUAUCUAAUAGAAAUAGCUGUAAAAAAUGAUAUGAAAAUAAUAUUGGAUAAUCGAAAUAAAUUCAUACUUUGUCAUUCAUCAACGGGUUUUAAACAUUCAUUGAAAGAAGUUUUAGCCGAUCCAUUAUUACAGAAUCGUUUGGCCGAUACAAAAGCCGCUAAAGAAAUGAAAAUUUUACAAGAUUUUCAACGAAUGUUGGCCAAUGAUUCAUCACGUGCAUUUUAUGGUCGUCGUCAUAUUGAACAUGCAAUUGAAGCACAAGCAAUUGAAACAUUACUAAUAUCUGAUCGUUUAUUUCGUUAUAAAGAUGUAUCGAUACGUAGGAAAUAUAUUGAAAUUGUUGAUAAAGUUCGUCAAUUAGGUGGUAAUGUUCAUAUAUUUUCCAGUCUUCAUGUAUCCGGUGAACAAUUAGAUCAAUUUACUGGAAUUGCUGCCAUUCUACGAUUUCCGAUUGCUGAAAUUGAUGAUGAUGAACUUGAUGAUGAAGAAGAAGAUGAAGAACAACAACAAGAAGAAUUUGGUGAUAAUAAACUUCAAAAAGAUGACGACGACGAUGAUGAUGACCAAGGCAACGACGACAACGAUGAUGAAAGCUGAUUUGUUUUGAAAUUGAAAACUUGU